AGGCAUGACAAGUAGUUUCCUGUAUCCGGCAUAGGGCGCGAGGUUUAUACUGCUACAAAUAUUCAAGAUAGUUUAGAUAUUGCUUACUUGUUUACUUUUGUACGAUAUUCUCAAGUUGACUAUUCCAAGAUGUGUUUCGAACAAUCUCACUACGUUUUGGUCUCACUUUGACACUUUAUGUUGAGUGUCGUGUCGUUAUGAAAGUUAGUAGUGUCCCUCAGCGUCAUGGUGGGACAAACUACAAAAUAGGGAUGAUCCUAGUCUCUGGGAAUGGAUUUACCUCCAGGAAGCAUGUACGAUACUUUGACCGAAGACCUCUGGAAAGAACUGGGACCAGUGGACCCAGACUGGUUCAAUGUUUUAACAGCGAAAGCAUCCGCCACUCUUGAGGGAAACGCCUCAGAUCAGGAGGACCUAUGUGCAAACCAGGAGGCAAACUUCAAAACACCUUUGGAGAAAACCACAGUGGAAAGUCAGCUGUUUUCAACGCCUAAAGUAUUCAGACGUGCAUGUGUUUUGUUCCCGGACACCGAAGACGAACAAGAAAAAGAAACCGCUCCAUGGGUUACAAGAAGUCCAUAUUUGUUUCAUCUUUCAAAAGAAACGACCAAGGGUUCAAAAUAUGGAGAGGCACAGCCGCACACUCGCGACUGUUUUGAUCUGCUUCAUACACCACACAAAUCCCCACUGAGCUACGCCCAACACAUAUCUGAAAGCCUCGGUGCAAACCUUCACCCUGACAUAUCAUGGACCAGCUCUCUGAAUACACCACCUGCUCUGGCGUCCACCCUGAUUUUAUCUAAAACCGAUGAAAGUCCUUGCUCUAUGACAUUCUUUGAUGACAAGAGUGUUGUGUUUGUUCGGAAGCUCUUCCCUUCUCUUUCAAAUGUUUCCAGAAAUGAAGCAACAUCACCCCAAAACAAUGACCUGUCUGUGAUUGUAGAAGAUGCUGACCCUCCAGAGGUUGCUCCUCAUCCUGAGUCCCCAAAGUCAAAUUCCCAAAACCAGAGCGAGGGCAUCUGGAGACAGAAGCUCCCACACAGCAAUAAGGAUGAGGGAAUUUGCAGCACAGUCGCCAAUGUUCUCGAGAGACAGGAGAACACCCUGUCAGUGGUUUUUGCCAACACCCAUUCGGCACUGAGAAAGGUGAAGGCUGACAAUACGAAAAGGAGGCAAUCUAUUUUGGCGAAAGAACACAACAGCAGCUCCGCAGAGUCCAAGCCUGCAUCCAUUGAACAAAGAGAAUCUGAUGUGGAGACCGCUCUAAAAAGUCCUGUGAAAAGUGAAGAGGCUGUACUCACACCGUGGUCACCAUUGAGUUUAUCUGAGAUUCCAGCCACCACUGUGGAAACUAAUGUUGCUACACUACAAGAUGCAAGUACAGCACAAGUGGAGAGUCAAUGCAAGUCUGAUCAGCCAGUCAGACCAUCUGUGAAUAUAUCUGACUCCCCAUUUAUCAAGAAAAAGAGAACAUUUGUCUACACCAUUGACAAGGAAAGGCUGAAGGAGAAAUCUUUUCAAGGCCAUAACCCACAUGGUAAGCUGAGUCCUCAAGCCAAGGAUGAAGCAGACUUCAGCAGCAAACAUCUGCAACAGGGACACAUCCCUGAAGAAAAGCUGCCUCCAUCUCAUCGCUCAAGCAUGCAGGAUUUGGAUAUGUCGCAGCUUUGCAGAGCAUUUGCGCAAGAUUUCAGUCAAGCUUCCAACUCUGUCACACCACCUAAGGUAGCGCAGCUUCCUCCUCCACCUCUUUAUAGCGAUGGCUUCUCUUCAUCAGCAUGUCUGACUGCAUUGAAGGUGGCUCGACAGGAAGCCAAGAGGCAAGCAAGCCUUAGUUGUGUGCGUAAAAAGUAUCUUAAUAAAUCCCAUGAGUGCAUCGCAGAGGAAGCAUCGGGUGACAGCGGCUUCAUGUCAGCCGGUGCUGACAUCUCUCAUGUGACUGCACAAUGUACCACCCCUUUGAAGUAUACAAGUAAAGAACUUAAAACACAAAUUGAUGGCACCUUAUGCACUAAGGACACACCAGUACAGUCACUCAGCUGUCCAAAAGCAGAUGCCGACAACUUAAACUGCGCUUCAGGUUCAGUUCAAUUUGAGUAUAAUGAAAGCGAGAACGCUGUUUCGCUUCCCUCUAUACAGGCAUCAGGGUUCAAAACUGCGUCGAACAAAAGAGUAAGCAUAUCAACCGCCAAUCUUCAGAGAGACAAAAGUCUCUUGGAGGAGACUGAAGCACAAACGUUUCUCGGUGAUCAAACCAUCAAAGUUCCUGCAGCUGCAACUGUGGCUUCUGGCUCAGGCCAAAAAGGGGGUGACUGCCAGCUGACUGACUCCCAGAGGGCAGAGGUAAUGGAGCUGUGCACACUCCUUGAAGAAGCUGACAGCCAGUUUGAAUUCACUCAGUUUAGAACUGCAAAGUCAACCCAAUCGGGCAGAGGAAGUGGCGUCCCGUGCCCAAAAGCGGACAGAGAACUUGAUCCCAACUUCCUGUCGGGGAUAGAUUUUGAUGAUAGUUUUGAGGCAGAAAAGCAAGCGACCAAUCUUAAACAAUCCAAUCUCCCAAGAAUACCUUCAAUCGCACCUUUGCCCAGUUUUAUGGAAACGAACGACAGGACAACUUCUGCCUUCCCUGCUGGGAUCCCACCUAGAGGAAGCUCAUCCGAAACAGCAGAAGGAAACUUUUUGAGAGUUUCCAAAAAGUGUUUGAGGAAAGCCAGGGCUUUAUUUCAGGAUUUGGAGGAAAGUAUUUCCACACAUCAAACAAAUAGUAGAGACCCGAGGCAAGAGGACCAGUUGGCAUUUGGCAGUUACAAAGCUGAGGAGACAAUUCAAAGUGGCUUUUCACCAGUCAAACCUGUCCAACAUGCUUCAAUAAGCUUGGAAAACUCAGCCGCAUGUCCAAAUGGCUUCCAGAUGGCUAGUGGGAAAACCGUUUCAAUUCCAGCCAAUGCAAUGCUAAAGGCAAACGCUUUCUUCAAAGAUUGCGCCAAUAUGGACAAUAAUGAUACCAAAAAUAGUGUAGAAGAUGGACAACAUCUUGUACGGAUUGACCCUUUACCUAAAGCAGCAGCAUCUUCACUGAAUCAUGGUUCCUCUGUUGAUAUCGACUCUUGCAGCAGUGCUCGGUUCUGCACAGUUAGCGAGAACAAGGUGUCUGUGUCAGCCAAGGAAAUGGCAAAAGCAAAAAGUAUUUUGCAAGUCGACAACACAAGCACAGAAACAAAACAAGGAAGUUUCCCAGGAGUUGACCCUGUCAACCAUCAGCCAUGCGGAUUCCAAACAGCCAACGGCAUAAGAGUUGCUAUAUCUUCUGACGCUCUUAAAAAAGCAAAAUCCUUGUUUGAUGGAAUCAAGGAUGAUGUAUAUAUUGAAACAAAAUGUUCCAAGACCCUAGCCCAAAGUCCUCCAUCAAUGGGGUGUGAGUUCCUGUCUGCUACUGGAAAGCAAAUGUUGACCAGCUACCUCUUUGAUAGUCUACCUGUUUCUACUGAAAAGAUGGAUGAAAAAACAGGAAUUGCUACAAACGUGGAGAAGAUGGAUGGUUGCUUUUCAACAGCAGGUGCAACACUUGCAGGUGUGAGAAAUUUAAAAACUCCAGACUUGAAGAAUAGCUCUUUACCCACUGAAGUACUGCAAAAAGCAGAUGUUUACUUUAGAGACAUGACAGAGAGCAAUGAGGGAUUGUUAGUAAAAGAGCAGCAAACAAAGGAAAUUGUUCAAGAUGAAUGCUUUAAUGCAAAUAUGCCAAUGGUUAAAGGAUGCGGAGACAUUAGAAACAUGGAAGCUCCAUCAUUCAAUAACACAAACGAGUCUUCAACUCUACCUUCCUUCUCGCCAAAAAACACCAGAUCUUGUUCCGUGGGUGGCAGUGGUUUCCAUACUGCCAGUGGAAAGAGCAGGUCUGUCUUGGAUGAAGCAAUGCUGAGAGCCAGGCCACUCUUAGAUGAUGUUGAAAAGGAAAGCCAACAGCAACAAUCAAAAGCUGCUUCUCUAACCAGCAAGGAGGACAUUUUGCAAAGUGUUGGGUUUCAGACAGCUGGCGGCAAAAGAGUUUCUGUUUCAUCUGCGGCUCUCAAGAAGGCAAAGUCCUUGUUCAGUGACUGUGAAGAUCAGGGUGAAGUCAGUGACAACAUGUUGAGGAGGCCUAAUGUGAACAAUCCCAAAAGUGUGCAUUAUAAAGCAGAUUCUGCCAAUGAAACUCUUGCGAAAGCCCCCUUUGGCUUCUGGACAGCCGGUGGGAAAAGAGUGGCCAUUUCAUCUGCGGCUCUUAAGAAUGCAAAAUCCCUUUUCAGUGAUUGCCACGAAGAGGACAAAGCCAGUGAAAAUAUGUUGACUACCUCAAACUUAGAACAUUCCCAAAGUGUGUUUUAUACAGCAAAUUCAACCCUCCAUGCAUCUAUGUCUAACAGUAGUGGAUUCUGCACAGCCAUUGACAAAAAAGAGGUUGUAUCUGAUGAUGCAAUGACAAUAGCAACGUCUAUGUUGGAUGAAAGCAUCAGAGUUGAGGGUUUGGACAAACUACACUAUCACAAAAAUGUUGGCUUCCAGACAGCCAGCGGCAAAGGAGUGGCGGUUUCAUCCGCGGCUCUCAAUAAGGCAAAAUCCCUCUUAAAUGAUUGUUAUGAAGAUAAGGGGAAAGUCACUGAAAAUAUGUUACAUCUGGACAAUUCCAAACAUGUGUUUGAGCCAGCAAAUUUAACCCCCAACGUGUCUUUGUCCAACGGUGGCGGAUUCUGCACGGCCAGUGGCAAAAAGGUUCUUGUAUCCGGUGAUGCAUUGACAAGAGCAAAGUCUCUGAUGAAUGAAAGCAUCAUGGUUGAGGGCUUGGAGAAAGCACAAUAUCACAACAAUGUUGGCUUCCAGACAGCCAGCAGCAAAGGAGUGUCAGUUUCAUCCGCACCUUUCAACAGGGCAAAGUCCCUCUUCAGUGAUUGUCAUGAAAAUGAGGAGAAAGUCAGUGAAAAGAUGUUAAAUGUGGACAAUCUGAAACAUGUGUUUGACCCAGCAGAUUCAAACCCCCUUCCAUCUACAUCCAGCAGUGGUGGAUUCUGCACAGCCAGCAAAAAACUGCUUGUCGUCGAUGAUGCAAUGACAAGGGCAAACUCCGUGUUGAAUGAAAACAUUGUAAUUGAGGCCUUAGACAAAGCACGAUAUCACAAAAAUGUUGGAUUCCAGACAGCCAGUGGCAAAAUAGUGGCAGUUUCAUCCGCAGCUACUAGGAAGGCGAAAUCCGUCUUCAGUGAUUGUCAUGAAGAUGAGGAGAAAGCCAGUGAAAAUAUGUUUAAUGUGGACAAUCCCAAACAUGCGUUUGACCAGACCGAUUCAACCCCCCUUGCAUCUACAUCCAGCACUGGUGGAUUCUGCACAGCCAGCAAAAAAGUGCUUGUAGCCAAUGAUGCAAUGACAAAAGCAAAGUCCGUGUUCGAUGAAAACAUCAGAUUUGAGGCCUUAAACAAAGUGCAAAUUCACAAAAAUGUUGGCUUCCAGACAGCCAGUGGCAAAAAAGGGGCAGUUUCAUCAGUGGCUCUAAAGAAGGCGAAAUACCUCUUUAGUGAAUGCCAUGAAGAUGAGGACAAACGCAGUGAUAAUAUGCAUAAUAGCAUUAAUGUGUACAAUCAGAAUUGUGUGUUUGAUGCAGCAGAUUCAACCCCCCAUGCGCCUACAUCCAGCAGUAGUGGAUUCUGCCCAGUCAGUAGCAAAAAAGUGCUUGUAUCCGAUGAUGCAAUAACAGGAGCAAAGUAUGUGAUGGAUGGAAGCGUCACGGUUGAAGGCUUGGACGAUGCACACCAGCAUAAAGAUGUUGGCUUUAAGACAGCCAGUGGCAAAGGAAUGACCAUUUCGUCUGCAGCACUCCAUGAAGCAAAACUUCUGCUGAGCGAAUGUAAUGAGUCACAGGAUGAAGCAAAUGAUGCAUCUCAUGGUCCUCCAUCCACAAAUUGUGGAUUUUUGGCGGCCAGUGGUAAGCAUGUGACCUUCUCCACUGAGGCACUCCAGGAAGCAAAAGCUCUUUUUGAUGACAUCAGUCCCAGAGAGGAUGGCCCGCUGGCAAAGACAUCUAAUGUUAAAGAUGUGAAAAGAACCUUUCAAACCCCGACUGUGGUGGGAAUUGCAGAAGGUAUGAAAACAAUUUCAAAAGAAGAAAAGCCGGAAGCUGCAGAAGCAUUGAAGCACAAAGAGGGCAGCCUCAGAGGUCAGCAAAUGUUGGACCGUGAAAUAAGUGAGGCGUGCGACAGAGACACAACUGAGCCACAGAGUUUUGAAGGGUCUGCUGUAGUCAACUUUCAGUCACUAGACCUGAGUGACUGCACUGAAACCCAGCAGAUAUUUCUGGCUCAAGAAGCACUGGACUGCACCAAAGCUUUGCUGGAGGAUGAGACUCUUGCUGGGCCCUCCAUGACGUUAGAAAGUAUGCAGCCGAAAAACUCCUACUCCUGCAAAGCUGUUGGGAAAAGAUCAGCAGAAGAUGCUGAAUUGACCGACCAGCCUCCUCUGAAAAGAAGCCUGCUGGGCGAAUUUGAUAGGACUGUCGACUGUCGUAGAGCCUCAAGACUCUGUCCACAAACAAGUUCUCCAAAUGGUUUGUUAAAGGACAGGCCGGCCUUUAAGUACAAUGUCUCUCUUCAUCCCAAAAUCACAAGGCCACACAGAGACGGGAUGAGCUACGAGGAUCUCAAAUCACCAACGACAACACAGCACAGCUCAACAGCGGGAGACAGCAGAUUAACUUUUCCCAAGAUUUCUUCAUUUGUACCUCCAUUUUUCAAGAGAAAGGAUGCGCAACAGAGCAACGUGCACAAGAGCAACAACGCUAACACACCUCCUGCAUUUGUUCCUCCCUUCAAGAAACAAAUAACUAUUGUCCCACAGAACUCCACGAAACCUUAUGAAGAAGAAGAGAAGGAGGUGGAAAAACAUAUUUGUGCACACUUAAAUAGCAACACAAGCAACAAGGCAGAGCCCCCUAGUAGGAAUCCUAUCUCUAAUCAAACCCAUUCCGCCUGUCAUGGAGCAGAGGAGAAUACAUGCUGGAGUCAAGAGGUGAUGCAAGGUGAGAACAUUGAGCUGGCACGAGACAUGCAACACAUGAGGAUCAGGAAGAAGAAGCGCCAGUCCGUCCGAGCUUUGCCUGGCAGCUUGUUUCAAAUUAAAACGUCCGGCGUGACAAGGAUGUGUUUAAAAGAAGCAGUGGGUCGGAGGCCCCCAGCCAAGUACACUGAGAAACAGCUGUAUGAAUAUGGAGUGCAUCGGCAUGUGUCCCAGAUCACCAGCGAGACUGCGGAGGCUUUCUGCUUCAAACUUCAACAGUUCUACAAUAAGGAUGCGUUUGCAGACGAAGGCGCCGUUCAACUAGCUGACGGUGGACGCCUCAUUCCCAGCAGAGACGGGAGUGCAGGCAAAGAACAGUUUUAUAGAGCGCUCUGCGACACGCCUGGUGUAGAUCCCAAACUGCUGAGUGAGGAGUGGGUGUACAAUCACUACAGGUGGGUUGUGUGGAAGCUGGCGUCUAUGGAGCGGUCCUUCCCGCAAACAAUGGGAAGUCUCUGCCUCACCCCGGAAAGGGUCCUACUGCAGCUCAAGUACAGGUAUGACGUGGAGGUGGACCACAGCCGCAGGCCGGCUUUGAGGAAAAUCAUGGAAAAGGAUGACACUGCAGCCAAGACUAUAGUUCUCUGUGUUUGCGGGGUCGUCUCGCAGCAAGACCGCAGCGAGCCCAAGACCCCACAAAAGGGCGGCGCCCAUGUCCAGGUGGAGAAUCAGUGUGCGGUGGUGUGGCUCACAGAUGGCUGGUACGCCAUCAAAGCCCAGCUGGACCACCCGCUGAGCGCCAUGCUUGUCAACGGUCGACUGGCCGUGGGCGGGAAGAUUAUCGUCCACGGUGCUCAGCUGGUAGGGUCUCAGGAGGCUUGCUCUCCACUAGAGGCACCCGAAUCGCUCAUGUUAAAGAUUUUUGCCAACAGCAGCCGGCCAGCUCGAUGGGACACUAAACUGGGAUUUUACAAAGAUCCUCGUCCGUUUCUGCUACCUCUCUCUUCUCUGUACGCCAAUGGAGGACCUGUUGGAUGCGUGGACAUAGUUGUGCUCAGAAGCUACCCCAUACAGUGGAUGGAGAGGAAGCAAGACGGAGGCGUCGUGUUCCGCUCAGCCCGUGCAGAAGAGAAGGAGGCGGCUCGAUACAACAAUCAUAAACAAAAGGCCAUGGAGAUGCUUUUUGCUAAGAUUCAGGCACAAUUUGAAAAUGAAGAUAACAAACCUGAACAACGGAAACGGGCUAUCACUCAUCAGGAUGUUGCAGGUCUGCAGGACGGGCAGGAGCUUUAUGAAACAGUGGGAGAGGACUUGGUUGGCCUUGAGGCUCAUCUGAGUGAGCAUCAGCUGGAGACCCUGCAGGCUUAUAGGCGCACACUGAUGGAGAAGAGGCAGGCUGACAUGCAGGAUCGCUAUCAUCGCGCGCUGCAGAAGGCAGAAGACGGCGAAGCCAGUUGUCUUCAACGCGACGUCACCCCUGUUUGGAGACUCUGCGUCGUUGAUUCCUUGAAUCCAACUGGCAACAUUUACCAGUUGAACCUGUGGCGGCCAUCCUCUGACCUGCAGGCGUUUCUGAAAGAAGGCUGUCGAUACAAAGUCUACAACCUUGCCACUUCGGAUGGGAAGAAGCGCACUGGUGUUGCAACGGUUCAACUCACUGGAACCACAAAAACACAAUUUCAGGACCUGCGGACUUCCCCAGAAUGGUUGUCAACAUGUUUUCAAUCCAGAGUGUCUGCCAACUUUGUGGACCUUCAAGACUCAGAAUUCCAGCCCCUGUGUGGAGAAGUUGAUCUCUCUGGAUGUAUCAUCAGUGUCAUUGACAUACAAGGCACUUCUCCUGCAUUUUUUCUGGCCGAUGAGAAACUGAACUUUGUAAAAGUUCGCUGUUUCAGCAGCCUUCUUCAGGCAGGCUUGGCGGAUUUGGUGAAACCUUGCACGUUGCUGGCACUGAGUAAUCUUCAGCUGAGAGGCCAGUCCAUUCAUCCUACACCGGUUGUGUACGCUGGAGAUCUCUCAGUUUUUUCAGCAAACCCCAAAGAAGCAUAUCUUCAGGAGUCCCUCAGCCGGUUUAGAAACCUCCUCCGGGACCAAGACAAUGUAUUUCUCUCUGCUGAGGAGAAGCUCUCACGUCUACUGAAGUCUGAUGGCCACAGCUCUGUCGGCUCUACAGCACUGCCUCCUAAAACGCCUACGUUUGCUUCCGACAAGCAACACAUAAAGCCAAAAUCUCAGCAGCCACUACGAAGCCUGAGCUGCUUCACUCCUGUGAGUAGGAAUCUUCCUCCAGCUGACAGUUCCACAGAGAAAGACCCUCGAAGCCUGAAAAAGAGGAAAGCUUUGGACUUCCUUUCCCGUGUGCCGUCUCCUCCUCCAUUGUUCCAUCUGGGCCCAGCGGCCUCACCCGCUUUAAAGAAGACAUUCAAUCCUCCACGAAGAUCCGGGACGCCCAGCACUUUAAAAACUGAACAAACGCCUGUCCCUAAACCUGUCUUGGCCCCCGCAGAGGAGGAAUGGGUGAAAGAUGAAGAGCUUGCCAUGAUUGAUACGCAGGCGUUACGUGUCUGUGAUUCACUUUAAACUGUUACUUACGGUAGACUGUAUUGUAUUGUACUAUAAGUUAAGUCUAACUUCAAAAACAGGUUCAAUAAAUCUGUUUUAACUUAUUUUGUCUGCCUAGGAGAUCAUGUUUGUUGUUAUUGCUCUUUGCAUUCCUAUUGUUCUCAGUCUGUAAUUAAGGAUACACAGUGUGCCAUUCUUGAUGUAGUAGACGUGUUACAUAGAAAAAAUGUCACCCCGCUAGAUGUAAUGAUGAUGUAAUUUACAGCAAGGUAAAUAUAGCCAUUUGUUUCAAAAGAUUAUCAAGUACGGUUAAAAUUGUAAAAAUAAAAGUUAUGAUGGGUUUGUUUCAGACAUGUUUAGCAAGUCACAUGAAGGACCAUCAUGUGGUUACAUUUGCACAUUUCAACAUGUCGGAAAAGGAGUAGGAAGAAGCAAAGCUUAACUUUAGCCCAAGGUCCCCAAGCUACGACCCGCCAGCAUCCCAAGGUGUGUUCUGUCCAGCCGCUCAGGCAAAUUAUGUUGUUGAUGGAGAUGCCUUAUCUGCUGUACAGAUUUACUUCACAAAAAAGUGUGGGAUAUUUCUCUUGUUCCCUUAUUUGUAUU